AGGGUAUCCACUGAUCGCUUGAAGAUGUCUUCUCUAAAGAACGCUAUCCCUAGACGGGCUCAUAAGGAGCGAGCUCAACCUCAAUCGAGGAAAAAAUUUGGGCUUCUUGAAAAGCAUAAGGACUAUGUUGUUCGUGCUAAAUCGUUCCACAGAAAGGAGGAGACUUUACGGAAACUCAGGGAGAAAGCAGCAUUCAGGAAUCCAGAUGAAUUUUACUUCAAGAUGAUCAAAACAAAGACUGUCAAUGGAGUUCAUAGGCCAGAGAAUCAAGCUAACAGAUACACUCAAGAAGAACUCAUGCUGAUGAAGACACAAGAUGUAGGGUAUGUGACUCAAAAAUUGCAAAGUGAGAAAAAGAAAAUUGAAAAGCUAACUGCUACGCUACACUCUCUUGAUAAUCAACCAUCAAGUAGACAUAUUUAUUAUGCUGAAGACAGGGAGGAGGCUAAACAGAUUCAGUCGCAAUCUUCAGAAGGCAAACAUAUGCAUCCUCCCGAGGAUAUUCCGCAUCGUAUCAGAAAGAGAACAGCCGCUUCCUACAGGGAAUUGGAAGCAAGGAGAAACAGGGUUACAGAGUUGGAAAAACUAUAUGCCGAAAUGUCAUUGCAAAAGGAAUUACAGAAAAAGGGCAGAAAGCGCAAGCUACGAGAAGACGAGAUUGUCUGUCCAACCUCUAGGCCAGUGUAUAAGUGGAGGUCCGAACGAAAGCGGUAGACCUUAAAGAUCAAGUUCUUUUUUUCCUUGUCUUGUUACUCCUACAUAGUGUACGAUCAAAAAAAUUCUUUCACUAAGAGGAACCAAUCACUUGAAUAUUCAAUCUAAUAUGAAUUGAAGUACUAUUCGGUUCCAAUGUAAACAACCACGGGAUUCUUUCAUCAGAGUAAAAGCCUAGGGUUCAAGUGACAUGUUGCUUUCUUAAUGAAUUUUUCUUUCAUGUGCUC